AGGCCUCGUUCUUCCAGCAUCAUCGGGGACAAUCUCCAUAUCAGUACCGAAAAUUUUCACGGUGCAAGGUGGAAGUUGAGGGAUCCUCAACGCCCGUCGCACGAUCGUUAACCGAGUUUGUUUCCUUCUGUUCUUCCUAUCCCUACGUCUCCCCUUGUCGGUGGUGUUUUAUGUCAGUGCGUACUUAUGUAUCUAUCACGCUGCACAAGGGACUACAAUUUGCUCGCGACUACGGACGGGAUAAACUUUAGCACGAUCUUCUGUUGUUUGCUUUCUUAAUUCAACAGAAGCAUCGGAACAUCGAUCCCCUUCCCCGAUGGCAGAUCACGAUAACAUUUACGACGACGAGGAGCUAGUAUCAGCAAAUCCAAAUCAGCGGAAUUGGCGUGGAAUUGAUAGCCUGCUUGUGAUUGUUGCGGUCCUAGCUUUGAUUGUAACAUCAGUUGCCUUAUUAACACCACCAGAUGAGGGACCUAGGGUACAAGGUGCUAGGCUGAGACUUUCUGAGGUACUUUCUGGAGAAUUAACACCACUCCUUUUUAAUGGAUCGUGGGUAAGCGGACAGCACAUUUGCUACAGAGAUGUAUGGGGUGGAAUUUCAUUGUUGCACAUUUCUCAAAAGAACAUCACUACUCGCAGUUUAAUGCCGAAUGAAACUUUUAGGAUAUUGAAUCCUGCCAAGUUCUCGUUGUCACCGGAUCGUAAAUACUUACUUCUUGCACGCGAUGUGAAGAAACUCUUCCGAUAUUCAUAUUCAGCGCAAUAUACAAUUUAUGAUGUAAAUACACGGGAAAUUAUACCAUUGACACCACAUCCAGAGAAAGAAGAACAUCCUUAUCUUCUGCUAGCACAAUGGACUCCACGUGGUCAUGGAUUAGUCAUGGUUCAAAAUUAUGACAUUUAUUACUUAACAGGUCCUACAAGUAACACUGGAUAUCGAGUUACUAACACAGCAGUUCCUGGUAUAUUAUCAAAUGGAUUACCAGAUUGGCUUUAUGAAGAGGAGAUUUUGCAUUGCGCAGAAGCAAUUUGGAUGUCACCAGAUGGUCAUUUGAUGUUAUAUGCUUCUUUUAAUGAUUCACUUGUUGAACAAAUGCAUAUAUUUUGGUUUGGUGAAGGCAACAAAGCACUUUAUCCUGAUAUACGAUCUCUGCGUUAUCCUAAACCAGGGACACCAAACCCUGUGGUACGACUUUAUGUAGCAGACCUGGCAGAUCCGAAGAAUAUUCAUACGAAGGUAGUGAAACCACCACCUAUCAUCGAGCAUGUUGAACAUUACUUCACAAAGGCUUCCUGGAUAUCGUUGACAGAAGUGUGUAUAACAUGGCUCACACGUGCACAAAAUCUAUCUGUUGUAACCAUUUGUAAGAGUCCGAUGUGGCAUUGUCAGGAAAUACAAAGAAUAGUAGCUGAAGACCGCGGCUGGGUAGAUACUCCUCUUGAGGCACCAAUUUUCUCAGCAAAUGGUAGUAGUUACAUUGCAAUAAGUCCAGUUAAGGAUGGUCCAGCUGGUUAUUUUAAACACAUUGUUUGGGUGAACGUUGCUAGGAAAUUGGUUGUUCCUCUCACUCAUGGAAAGUUUGAGGUCGCCAAAAUAGUGGCAUGGGAUCAAACGAAUAAUACCAUAUACUUUAUAGGUAUUCCACCUAUGAAGCCAGGUCAGAGACAUCUUUAUUAUGUGAGUUCAUUAUUACCACACGUGGGGUCAUCUUUACAUCCUGCUGUUUGUAUUACUUGUACUGAAACAACAGAGGUAUAUCAAAAUCAACAUCGAACACUUUCCUCUGGUCAUUAUAGUUCUUGGCCAGAAAAUAGUUAUAUACAUGAGCAUUAUGAAACACAAACAGAGAAUGCACAAAAUGCUGAUCAAGGGGCAGCUAAAGAAAAUGCUACAAAAAAACAGAAAUCAAAAGUACAUGUUCCACCAAAAUUCACUGAUCUGCCUUGCCAGUACCACAAUGUUAUUUUUCCUCCAGUUGGUACUGAUUACUUUGUCUUAGAAUGUUAUGGACCGAGUAUACCGACUGUUGCUUUAUAUAAAACUGAGUUUCCCAUGCCACGUCUCAUUUAUGUUUUGCAGAAUAAUACAUUAUUACGUGAAAGAAUUUCCAAACUUGCGCUUCCACAAGUAAAAACAUUUCCUGUUCAAAUAAGCGGUGGCUAUAAUGCACAAGUAAAAUUGCAUUUACCACCUGGAUUACGGGAAGACGAGAUUACCCGGUAUCCUUUAAUUGUACAAGUGUAUGGUGCACCAGGCUCCCAAUUGGUAACAGAGAUGUUCAAGAUUGACUGGAAUACCUAUUUAGCUAGUAGAAAAAAUAUGAUCGUUGUACAGAUCGACGGUAGAGGAAGUGGAGGCCAAGGCUAUAAAUUUCUUCAUGAAGUCUACUACAGACUUGGUUCUGUGGAAGUUGCUGACCAACUAGAAGUUACUGAAUAUUUACGGGAUUCAUUGCACUUUGUGGAUAAACAACGUGUUGCUAUUUGGGGGUGGAGUUAUGGAGGUUUUGUAGCUGCUCUCGCGCUGGCGCAUCCUGAGCAAGAUAUCUUUCAAUGUGGUAUCAGUGUAGCACCGGUUGUUUCGUGGAAAUUAUAUGAUUCAGCAUACGCUGAAAGGUACAUGGGUCUACCAACUGUUGUAUCAAAUUAUAAAGGCUAUGCCGAGUCGGACGUGUAUGAUAAAGUGGAACAUUUGCGAAAUAAGAUGUUUUAUUUAGUACAUGGUACUGCGGAUGAUAAUGUUCAGUUCCAACAAUCUAUGGCACUCGCACACCAUCUUGCAAAGAAGGGUAUACUUUUCCGGCAACAGGUAUACCCAGAUGUGAGUCAUACAUUAGCAGGGGUAAAAGGUCAUCUCUAUCUAUCAAUGGCUCAAUUUUUGGAUGACUGCUUUCAAAAGCAAGCACCUAUGGAUACAAAAGCUGGUCUUAUCAGCGGUGGAUCUAGCUUUUAGUUGUAAAUAAUGUGAUUCCAAUGAAAAAACAAUCUAACGUUAGUGAAGGAAUUCCAUACACAAAAAUUCCAUCUAAACAUCUCCAAAUUGUGUUCCGUUUAUUACCUUUAAGAGAAAGAUAUUUUCGCGUUACUUCAUAUAUUAAGGGAUGGUACAAUGGUUGAAAUUAUGUUUUUGUUAUAUCUUUAAUUAGAAAUCAAAUCUAAAUGAAUAAAAGCAAUAGUAAUCUGUAACAGCUUUUAUUUAUUUAGGUUUUCUUCUUUUACAUUCAGGUAUGAAAGAAUAAAAACCAUUUUAAACAUCAAAUGACUUUAUUGAAGGAGUAUAUUCGUGACUUGUCAUAAUUGGCAAACAAACAUUAUCGGGACGAGGUAAAAAUAAGACGGUAAUUACAUCUCUUCAUCGAGUCGAACGAUGAAAAAUUCAUGAACUCGUGAGUAAGGGUAACUUAUUUCUUCUUUCGUUUGAAUUCUUGUAGUUAGUCGCACGUGUGUGCAGGCAACAUAGAGCGUCUAAGCUUAUUUCUCAAUAUACUUCUUUUCUUCGAUCUCUCGUAUCAUAAGAAACAUCUGUUUCACUGGAAAUUCAUUGUUAUUUCUCUCACAACGGUUCGCUCUAACGAGAACACGUUCCUCAUUAAUGAUUAACGUAAUAACAUUGUAAACAGUAUUAACCAAACUCGAGGAACAAUAAAGAAAUUUUCUAACACUUACAUCUCAUUAAUUGAACUAAAUAAAAAUAUAGAAUACAUUUGCGGCAAUAAGUCUCGAAAUAUAAUAAUAAUAUUAAUAAUAAUGUACAUUAUGUUAUCUGAAUGUGAAAAACGAUUAAAAACAAAAUAAUCACAA